UGGUAUUCAUAUGAAUAUAAACCGCAUAAACUUAUCGUGAGACCGCCUUAAGAACAAUAAAUAGAAAUAAAACUCUUUAUUUUCUCUCAUCAGCCGCCGCUUUCACUUGACCUCUUCAUCUUUUCUUCUUCUUCUACCUUCUUCUCGUACGUUUUUGUACACUGUGCAGCUCGCAAAUCUGGAUAUCAUAAACCAUAACCACAAGCUUAACUUCGGGGCCUUCAAGGCCAACCACAAGAAAGUCAUGGGACCGAUGAUAAGAACAGAGGAACAAGAAGACGACUACAUGAGUCCACCGUGGCUAAUGCCAAUGCUACGAGGCAGCUACUUCGUCCCCUGUUCGAUCCACGCCGAUUCCAACAAAAACGAAUGCAACUUGUUCUGUCUCGACUGUGCUGGAAAUGCCUUUUGCUCUUACUGUUUGGUCAAACAUAAAGACCAUCGUGUUGUUCAGAUAAGGAGAUCUUCUUACCACAACGUGGUGAGAGUGAAUGAGAUACAGAAGUACAUAGACAUCUCUUGCGUUCAGACAUAUAUCAUCAACAGCGCAAAGAUCGUGUUCCUCAAUGAAAGACCUCAGCCUAGAAUCGGAAAAGGUGUUACGAACACUUGUGAGAUAUGUUGCAGAAGCCUUCUUGAUUCCUUCCGCUUCUGCUCUCUCGGUUGCAAGCUUGGGGGAAUGAAGAGAGGAGAUCAAAGUCUGACCUUCUCUCUCAGAGGGAAGCAUGGGAGAGAGUACCAAGGUGGGUCGGAAUCAGAUGAGGCUACCACACCGACUAAGCUGCGUAAGACCAAUGCUUUCAACCGUCUAAUGAGUGGUCUCUCUAUCUCCACCGUUAGGCUCGAUGACUAUGGUCCAGGUGGUGAUCAACGCUCUUUGAGCUCCGGUGAUGAAGGUGGUUUCAGCUUCUCUCCGGGAACACCGCCGAUAUACAAUCACCGGAACUCGAGCAGACGAAAAGGAAUCCCUCACCGCGCUCCAUUCUGAAUAAAAUAAAAAAAGUUACUGAAUUUCAACCUCUAUAUUAACUAUUAAUUAAAUACUAUAGGUAAUAAUACGCAUCAAUAUUAUAAAAUGUAUAACUCUGGAGGUGAAAUUUAGGAUGUUGUCAUAAUGUUGUAAAUGGGUCAGUGUCUUUCAUUUUUCUCUUCUUUUUAUAUUUUCUUCGUAAAAGAUAAAUGCAGCAUAAUUAGACACAUACAUAAUACAUUUUUAUAUAAAUAUAGAAGAAUCUAGGGCUGAAUAGGGAAGUGUUGUUAGCUUGUUGGAAAGGGCGUGGCUCUUGUGUUGUGUUGUUAUGUAAUGUAAUGUGUACAUUAAAUUUUGUUCAUACAACAAUAAUAUAAAGUCAAAUUAUGUAUUAACACCA